CGUGACAGAGGAGAGAGAUGUGGCGGUGCCUUCGAGUUGCAUCGUGGAGGAGAUCGGAAUCUAAUGGCGCUUUCAUCACUACUCGACUCUCCAGAUUCUUCUCAGCUCCUUCGACAGGGGAUAGAUCAUCGUAUACAAUCGUAGAUCAUACGUAUGAUGCGGUUGUUGUAGGAGCUGGUGGUGCUGGGCUAAGAGCAGCAAUAGGAUUAUCAGAACAUGGUUUUAACACAGCUUGUAUCACCAAGCUUUUUCCAACUCGUUCCCAUACUGUUGCAGCUCAGGGAGGUAUAAAUGCUGCGUUGGGUAAUAUGAGUGAAGAUGACUGGAGAUGGCAUAUGUAUGAUACUGUCAAGGGAAGUGAUUGGUUAGGUGAUCAAGAUGCAAUUCAGUAUAUGUGCAGGGAAGCACCAAAAGCUGUGAUUGAGCUUGAGAAUUACGGAUUGCCAUUUUCUCGAACAGAAGAGGGAAAAAUAUAUCAACGAGCUUUUGGUGGCCAGAGUCUUGAUUUUGGAAAAGGUGGUCAAGCAUACCGUUGCGCAUGUGCUGCUGACCGCACUGGACAUGCUCUGUUACAUACUCUGUAUGGCCAAGCAAUGAAACACAACACUCAAUUCUUUGUGGAAUACUUUGCCUUGGAUUUGAUAAUGAACAGUGAUGGAACCUGUCAAGGAGUCAUUGCACUGAACAUGGAAGAUGGUACUUUACAUCGUUUCCAUGCUGGUUCUACGAUAUUGGCUACCGGGGGCUAUGGGAGAGCUUAUUUUUCUGCAACUUCAGCACAUACGUGCACAGGAGAUGGAAAUGCUAUGGUUGCACGAGCCGGGCUACCGCUGCAGGAUUUGGAGUUUGUUCAGUUUCAUCCUACUGGUAUAUAUGGAGCCGGAUGUCUCAUCACUGAAGGUAUAGAUGUGUUUCUUGCUGCAUUGCUCAAACCAUUGAGAUUUAGCCAAAAGAUAUUGGUUCUUAACUUUUUCAAGUUUGUAAAUGUAGGAGCUAGAGGUGAAGGAGGAAUUCUCAGAAACAGUGAAGGUGAGAAAUUCAUGGACCGGUAUGCUCCCACGGCUAGAGAUCUUGCUUCAAGAGAUGUCGUUUCAAGAUCGAUGACUAUGGAAAUCCGAGAAGGCCGUGGUGCAGGACCUAUGAAGGAUCACAUAUACCUUCACUUAAACCAUCUACCACCAGAAGUGCUUAAAGAGAGGCUUCCUGGUAUAUCUGAAACUGCGGCUAUUUUCGCGGGUGUCGAUGUUACAAGAGAGCCAAUUCCUGUAUUGCCUACUGUGCAUUAUAAUAUGGGUGGUAUUCCCACAAACUACCAUGGAGAGGUGGUUACUGUUAGAGGUGAUGAUCCAAAUGCUAUAGUUCCGGGACUAAUGGCUGCAGGAGAAGCAGCUUGUGCAUCUGUUCAUGGUGCUAAUAGACUUGGUGCAAAUUCACUUCUUGACAUUGUUGUUUUUGGAAGAGCUUGUGCAAACAGAGUUGCAGAGAUUCAAAAACCAGGCGAGAAACUGAAACCUCUAGAGAAGGAUGCGGGUGCGAAGAGUAUCAAAUGGUUGGACCGAAUAAGAAACUCAAAUGGGUCGCUACCGACUUCUAAAAUCCGCUUAAACAUGCAAAGAGUAAUGCAAAACAAUGCUGCUGUCUUUCGUACACAAGAAACACUAGAGGAAGGUUGUGAUUUGAUCGAUAAGACGUGGGACAGUUUUGGUGAUGUCAAAGUAACGGAUCGGAGUAUGAUAUGGAACUCUGAUUUGAUAGAAACUAUGGAGUUAGAGAAUCUUUUGGUUAAUGCGUGCAUAACAAUGCAUUCUGCUGAGGCUAGGAAGGAAAGUCGAGGAGCACAUGCUCGUGAGGAUUUCACGAAACGAGACGAUGCAAAUUGGAUGAAGCACACAUUGGGGUAUUGGGAAGAAGGGAAUGUGAAAUUGGAGUAUAGACCAGUGCAUAUGAAUACAUUGGAUGAUGAGGUUGACACUUUUCCUCCUAAACCUCGUGUUUAUUGAGAUUUCUUUUUUCCCAAGAGCUUGUGGUGAGCUCGAAUUCACUUUUCUCUAUAAUAAUCAAAUGUAUUUAAAUUUAUCUUCCCUCCUCCCAUUAAUAAUUAACUGUUAUAGGAUUAGAGAGAAGUGAAAUAUUUCUUUAAGAAAAAAAGAAGAAGAAAUGUUUAUUUCUGAAAAAUCAAAAGAGUGUGGGAUUAUGUUGUUAUUGUUCUCAUUUGUUUCCAGAGGCUAUACGUACUAUUACUUGACCUAUCACAGACUUUAUACUGUAUUUAUACAAUGUGUUACACUAUUCAUAAACUUUUGGAAAAUAAUGAAAUUUUGGUUGUCUUUUACGUUGUUUUCUGUAAUAUUGUUGAUGGGACCAAAACGUUUUUGAGGAAUUUGAGAAUAUAGCACUCACUUUUUUAGCUUGCUUUGAGGCAUAUGUAAUUUUGGAAGGAGUCUUUUUCAGCAAACAAAUUUUAAUGUGCAAAUAUCCUCAUACCCUCAUUUGUCUAUAUGUCCCUCUCAUUUACCUUGCUCACAUGCACCUUUCUUAUUGCCUUCUCUAUGUCAUUAGAUUAAUCAUAAACUCGAAGUACAUGUUUCAUAGUUAAAAACUUAAAAUGAGUUCCAAGAUUUUUUCUUUGGGAAGAGAACCUCAAACAAUACCCUCCGAUCCGACGGGACUUUCAUUUUAACAUAAUUACAUUUUUUACUCCGUCAUCCCGCUUUUGGGUACUGAAAAAUAAGCAGGGCCGUACCUGAGCACAGCGAGGUGAAGCUGUUGUUUUGGGCUCCCAAAAUUUUAGAUAUUUAUUAUUUAUAAAAUAGGUCCCCAAAUAUAUUUUAUCUUUGUAAAAAGGCUUCAAAUUUUAGAAAGUACUAUAAAAUCCUUAAAACUUUUUUAGGCCCCCAAGAUUUUAGGGCCGGCCCUGAGUAUAAGGUACUAACUACUGAAAGUAAAUUUCAUACAAGUACAUAAGAAUCGUAUCAUGACAUGUGAGUUUUGAACCUAAAGCAUUUUUACAUCUAAUGAGAGGAUGGUAAGCAAUGGGAUAUACUGGAGCAAACACUCCACCGUAAUCUGAUUCUCAGUCAAAAAGGCCACAAUAUUAUACAGCCCAAUUAAUAUCUGUAGCCCAUGAAGCCCAAAAAGUCGCAGAAAAUUAAGUGGAUUAUUUUGACAUAUCACCAUAUUUAAUUUCUUUCUAUUUUUUUCAUAAAGCAGACCGCCUAGCUUUAAAUGAAUAAUGACCCGAAAGGCACGCAAUGUCCCACGCGUUCGAAUCUGAACCGUUGAUGAUCUUAUCUAACCGUUUAAUCUCGACCGUCCAUUCUCCAAACCCUAUAUAUAAGAGAUGAAUCGAUCUUAGGGUUAUCUCAUCACCGCCUCCAUAUUCUUACGCGUCUUCUUCUUCCUCCCUCUUUCGUCAACGUUUUCUUUAGAUCUAGCUUCUAUGGCUACGAGUCUGAUCCUUCUCGCUUCUAAUUCCCGUAGAGAUCCUCCCAAUCUACAAAACCGUACCGUAUUCUCAACGGUUUCGUAGAUCUGAUCGGUGAUUCCAUGGUUGACGACGGAUCUCUGCCUUACAUCGUCAGAUCUGGCUUUUUCUAUAGCCUUGGAUCGUCCUUUGCGGCUUCUUCAGAUGCGAGAUUCUUUGAAUUGAUCGGUGCGGCGUCCGAUUCUGGAUACAAGGAGGCCAAUCUGUUGCAGACGGAUCUGUGUAUGUUGGAUUGAAGUGAGAUUAGGGUGUAGAAGAUGUUUUGUUGGAUAGCUAAUGGCUUCCUGAUUGCAUCUUUUGUCAUCCGACCUUUGCCAUGUCAGGUGCGCUUGCAUGGCAGGUCAAAAAACUGAUCCUCAAUAAAAAAAAAAGAUUUUGUGGGUUUUGGAGAGGAGAUCGCACGGGUUAUUUGUUUUUCCCGGGAUCUCUUCUCCUAUGUGUGUCUUGCUUCUGCUCCCUCUCUCCCUUCCCUAUCUCCCUUUACAGUUAUUGCUCAUAUAUACUUAAAAAUCGAUCAUAAGCAGAGCUAGUGACUAAUCUGGAGCCGUGGGCGAUAACAAAUCUUCUUGCCCGACAAAUCGAGAGUCAAAUCAGGCAGGUACUCAUAUACUUACUAAAUUGAAAUCUCAAUAAUCAGCAUUCUCAAGAGUAAUUCCGGUUCUGAAUUAUAAAUAUGGUUUGCACUCUUUUAAUUAUGGUAAUCCGGCUUCACAAUGUUAUCGUUUUAUCAACUCAGAAAAUUUCUUUUUUGUUGUAAUUGCGGAUAUUUAAUACAUUUAACGAUCAGUAUUAUAAAUUGAAUUAUAUAGUAUAAGUGGAUUUUGUAUUUGUAGUGUAUUUUAUUAGUUCAUGUAUGAUUUAGCUUUUUAGAAUGUGCGAAAAGGACAUUUGUAUUGCUCUAGAUUGAAUAUCUGUAACCACCGGUCCCUGUAGAAAGUAUGAAGCUCCGGUAGAUUAUGGGAUUGGAGUAGUGGGCAUCAAGUAAUUUCAACAAGCUGACGUUGCCUUUUUCUGAAAGGUAUCUCGAUCAAAGAAUAGUAUAUGCUUGUGUACUAAGCCAAUAAUUGCGGUUAUUCCCAAGUUUAUUACAUUUGAAUUUUUGGGUAUUUUAUUAUUUGUCAUGUGGAGGGAUAAUUCAUUACAUAAACUAUUUAUCUAUUUAAUAAUUGUUGCAAUCAAGUUGGGUAUUUUAUUUUUA